GGUCGGCGGGCUGUCGGAUCUGGGCUGGGCUGGCCGGGAUCCAUCAACGAAGUCGGCGGGUUGGUUUGACCCGACUGGCGAGGGGCGUACACGUGCACGCGCCCACCGACCAUGUUUAAUUUUGUUGAUUGUUCAUUCAUCUAUCUAUUUCAAUUCUUUAUGAAAAAGAAAAUGAUGCGUAACGAUUUUCCUUUUUCGUAGACGGCGGGAAAGUGAUGAAGAAGAUUUACUGCGGGUUGUCUGCCUGAUAGCGUGGGCAUGUGAGCUGUGUGCUGCUCUGCUAGCUGGACACCUUGAACCAGACGUCACUCUCCUUCUCUCUCUAUCUGCUGGUUCGCCAUUUUUGUUUUGCUUUCUGUUCGUCUUCUUCUUCUUCCCUUGUGUUCCUUCUCAAUUUUCCCCGUUGUUUUCAUUCCUCAGAUUCACAGAUUUUGUCUUUUCUCACUGUUUGUCCCCACCCGCAAAUUAUUGCGGUGGGAGAAAGAAUCAGUCAAUCCGCCGUUGGUUGAUUGAUGUCGCUCCCUCCUCUCGGCGGCGGCGGAAGACUAAGAAUCAUGACCAGGAAAAUCUUCCAAGCUCAAGCGGUCCCUCCCCACCGCCGCUUUUCCAUGUGCUGGAAGCUCCCCGUCCUCCUCUCCCUCUGCCUCUCUCUCCUCGCCAUCUUCAACCUCCACUUGUACUACUCUUCCUCCGCCGCCGACACCGUAAGAAUCUCCGCCGCCAGGAGGAGGAUGUCUCCCUUCCCUCUCAGCUUCCGAGGACCGCCGAAGAUUGUUUUCCUCUUCCUCGUCCGCCGUGAUGUCCCCCUCGAUUUUCUCUGGGGAGCUUUCUUCGACGGUGCUGACGUGGCUAAAUUCUCCGUCUUCGUGCACAGUUCCACCCCUGGGUUCCAAUUCGACGAAUCCACCUCCAAAUCCCGUCACUUAUACGGUCGGCAACUCAACGCUUCUAUUCAGGUGGCAUGGGGAGAAUCGAGUAUGCUUGAGGCAGAGAAGUUGCUACUUUCAGCUGCAUUGGAUGAUCCUGCUAAUCAACGUUUUGUUCUCCUCUCCGACAGUUGUGUGCCAUUGUACAACUUUAGUUACAUAUACAACUACUUGAUGGCUUCCCCCAGGAGUUUCGUGGACAGUUUCCUUGACACAAAGGAAGGCCGCUACAACCAAAAGAUGUCACCUGUUAUACCCAUGGAGAAAUGGCGAAAAGGAUCACAGUGGAUAACCUUGGUCCGGAGUCAUGCCGAAGUGGUUGUAGAUGAUGAUGGUGUACUGGCAGCUUUUAAGAAGUUUUGCAAGCGACGCCCACCAGUAGAUGCCAGUAAGGGAAAGCUUAAUUGGAAACUUCAGCAGCAGCAUAAUUGCAUUCCAGACGAGCAUUAUGUUCAGACAUUGCUUGCGAUGAAGGACCUGGAACAAGAGCUUGAAAGAAGAACAGUGACUUACACAGAGUGGAAUCAGCCAGCAAACAAGAUGGAGAAUACUGGUUGGCAUCCUACUACGUUCACUUAUGCUAGUGCUGGCCCAAAAAAGAUUAAAGCGAUCAAGGAGAUAAAUCAUGUUUAUUACGAGACGGAGUAUCGGAACGAGUGGUGCCACACCAAUGCCACACUGGUCCCCUGCUUUCUGUUCGGGAGAAAGUUUUCCAGGGGAGCAGCAAUGCGGAUUUUGAGCGAGGGUGUGGUGGGUCCCUUCGAUGCCUCUGCGCUUCUGUUGUCGACCAUGACACAUCCUUAAAGGAGAUGAAAUCGAGGGCAAGACGAGCUUUUCUUUCUUUUCCGCUGGAUCCCCUUGCUUACUAGUGCAGCAUUUCAUGCAUCGGACCAUGUCAGCACUGCAGCUGCUGGGAGAAUGUGCACAGGAAAGAGAGGUAGCUAUUAACCGGUAGUAACUGACUCACGGCGUGAAAGCUGAAACAGAGGUACGGAUUGGAUUAGGAACCAACGAGAGAUUAUGUAGAGAAGUCUAUAGAUAGAGAUAUGUAAGAGAGUGUUUCGGACUAAACAUGCGAGGCUAGGUGACCAUUAUUUCUGCGCUGCUGCGGAGGUCCACAACGAAGGGAAGAUGAAGGCAGUUUUGGGAGAGGGAGAGAUCAUUGUGCUCAGCUUAGACCAGACCAGAGAGUAACCAACUCAAGUCUCCUGAGUUCCAUUUUAUUAAGCUCGCUGACUUGUGUUUCAUGUUCAGCUCAGCAGUAGCAUUAGCCUUCUGUAAAACCGAAAAGAACUAGCCUAUUCGCUUGUUGCACUAUGAUGUGGGAUGGUCUCAGAAUACUAGUGCUCUUCUGCUUGCUCCAUUUCAUUUCAGGCCCUCUUUGAUGCAGAAUUUUUCUUAUGCUAACUAGAGACAUGGUGGCAGAACCAUUUUUCAAUGCUUCAAAUCUUGUAAAACUACUUUGACUUGAGAAAUGAGAUGUGUGUUAGCGUAGUAACAUACUGAGAAGGUUUUUCGAGUAUGGCAAAUGAGUCGUGUUAAAAUUCUAUUGUCUGUGAAUUGGGUCGUGUUAUGAAUUCAGUUAGUCACAUAACAUAAUGAGCGAACUAUCAACUAUCUAUGGCACCAUUUUGUAAUAAUACAGAACUUAAGUGAUC